AUGAAAUGAGGAACGCCUUUUUAGUUAUCGCAUUUGAAAUCGUUCUGCGUGAUUAGUAGAUAUUCUUAAGUUUAAAUAGUUUUUUUGAAACAUUUAAACUUUGAAUUUAAUUAUUGUAUUAAAAAUGAAUUAUGAAACUGCUCAUAAAGAAUAUGAAGCUAAAGGAUUCGCAGUGAUUAAAAAUUUUUUAACUUCAUCUGAAGUUGAAAGUCUUCUUCAGUCAUGCUCAAUUAUACUCGGAGACAUGAAUCCUCCUGAACAUUGUUCGGUGUUUCACACUGGAAAGGAUCAAGGUCGAGAUGAAUAUUUCAUCAAUUCUGGUGAUAAAAUCUCAUAUUUUUUUGAAAAAGAUGCAGUUGAUGAAAAAGGAAAUUUAAUUGUGGAUAAAACAAAAGCUCUAAAUAAAAUUGGACAUGCAUUACACUGGUGGAACUCAUCUUUUAAAAAAGUUACUUUUGAUUCUAAAGUAAAAGAACUCUUGCAGCAGUUUGGAUAUAAAGAUCCAGUUGUAGUUCAAAGCAUGUAUAUAUUUAAACAUCCUGAAAUUGGAGGCGAAGUGACUCCUCAUCAAGAUUCAACUUUUCUUUUUACUGAACCACCAAGUGUAUUGGGAAUUUGGUUUCCUCUAGUUGAUAUAACUCUCAACAAUGGCUGUUUAUGGUUUAUACCUGGGUCACAUAAAGGUGCAGUAUAUCAAAGAUAUGUCAGGAAUCCUACCAAAAACCCUCUUCUGAUUCUUAAAGGCGAAUUUCCUCAUUUUGAUGAGAACUUAUAUGUUCCUGUACUUGUUGAAAAAGGUGACUGUGUAGUAAUCCAUGGAUCAGUUAUUCAUAAAAGUGGAAGAAAUACUUCAAAUUGUUCAAGACCUGUAUAUACUUUUCACAUUGUGGAAACGCAUAACACAGAUUAUAGCAAAGAAAACUGGUUACAGCCUUCUGAAACACUGCCAUUUCCAUCUGUGUAUGCAGUUUCACAAUAAAUAAAUAAAUGUAAUAUAAGUGACUUCUAACAGAAAUUUAGAAGGAAGUGUAUUUUCUUAAAAUCUUUUUUAAUAAAGCUAUUUUUAGAACAGUU